AAGUCCAAAGUUCAGUCCCUUUGCUAAGCACACGGAUAAAUAUGAACCUUGGAGAAUUUCCCCAGCUCCAAUGUAAACAGAGCGGCCAGGGGCCCUGAUUCAGUGGCCUCCAGGCCUGGGGUUAGGGGGGUUUUCGGGGUGGCCGUGGCGGCAAGGUGAGGUCGCUGGGGGCUGCCGGCAGGUGCGUGGCCGGUGACCGUGGGCCGCGUGGGCCCGGCGUGGCCACGCCAUGGUGUCCAAGCUCAGCCAGCUGCAGGCCGAGCUCCUGGCGGCCUUGCUCGAGUCGGGCCUGAGCAAGGAGGCGCUGAUCCAGGCUCUGGGGGAGCCGGGGCCCUACCUGCUGGCCGCGGAGGGUCCCCUGGACCAGGGCGAGUCCUGCGGCGCUGGCCGUGGGGGGCUGGCCGAGCUGCACAACGGGCUGGGGGAGCCGCGGGGUUCGGAGGACGACACGGACGACGAGGGGGACGACUUCACGCCGCCCAUCCUCAAGGAGCUGGAGAGCCUCAGCCCCGAGGAGGCAGCUCACCAGAAGGCCGUCGUGGAGACGCUGCUGCAGGAGGACCCAUGGCGCGUGGCCAAGAUGGUCAAGUCAUACCUGCAGCAACACAACAUCCCGCAGCGGGAGGUGGUGGACACCACCGGCCUCAACCAGUCCCACCUGUCGCAGCACCUCAACAAGGGCACCCCCAUGAAGACCCAGAAGCGAGCGGCCCUGUACACCUGGUACGUCCGCAAGCAGCGAGAGGUGGCCCAGCAGUUCACCCACGCGGGGCAGGGAGGGCCGAUCGAGGAGCCCACAGGCGACGAGCUGCCCACCAAGAAGGGGCGAAGGAAUCGCUUCAAGUGGGGCCCCGCGUCCCAGCAGAUCCUGUUCCAGGCCUACGAGAGGCAGAAGAACCCCAGCAAGGAGGAGCGGGAGGCGCUGGUGGAGGAGUGCAACAGGGCCGAGUGUAUCCAGCGGGGGGUGUCACCGUCACAGGCGCAGGGCCUGGGCUCCAACCUGGUCACCGAGGUGCGCGUCUACAACUGGUUUGCCAACCGGCGCAAGGAGGAGGCCUUUCGCCACAAGCUGGCCAUGGACACCUAUAGUGGCACCCCACCUGGACCAGGCCCUGGCUCCGCGCUCCCGGCACACAGCUCCCCAGGCCUACCCCCGCCCACCCUGUCCCCCAGUAAGGUCCACGGGGUGCGCUAUGGACCGCCCACUACCAGUGAGGGUGCAGAGGUGCCAUCCAGCAAUGGGGGGCCCCUGGUGACAGUGUCUGCUCCCCUGCACCAAGUGUCCCCCCCGGGCCUGGAGCCCAGCCACAGUCUGCUGAGCACGGAAGCCAAGUUGGUCUCGGCAACCGGGGGCCCCCUGCCCCCCGUCAGCACGCUGACGGCGCUGCACAGCUUGGAGCAGACGUCGCCGGGCCUCAGCCAGCAGCCCCAGAACCUCAUCAUGGCCUCGCUGCCCGGGGUCAUGGCCAUCGGGCCGGGGGAACCCGCCUCGCUGGGGCCCACCUUCACCAACUCCGGUGCUUCCACCCUGGUCAUCGGCCUGGCCUCCACGCAGGCCCAGAGCGUGCCCGUCAUCAACAGCAUGGGCAGCAGCCUGACCACCCUGCAGCCCGUGCAGUUCUCCCAGCCGCUGCACACGCCCUACCAGCAGCCGCUUAUGCCCCCGGUGCAGAACCACGUGGCCCAGAGCCCCUUCAUGGCCACCAUGGCCCAGCUGCAGAGCCCACACGCCCUCUAUAGCCACAAGCCUGAGAUGGCUCAGUACGCGCACACAGGCCUGCUUCCACAAACCAUGCUCAUUGCCGACUCCACCAAUCUGAGUGCCUUGGCCAGCCUCACACCCACCAAGCAGGUCUUCGCCUCGGACACGGAAGCCUCCAGCGAGUCGGGCCUUCACACCCCGGUAUCCCAGGCCGCCACCAUCCACAUCCCCAGCCAGGAUUCUGCUGGCCUGCAACACCUGCAGCCCUCGAGCAGGCUCAGUGCCAGCCCCACUGUGUCGUCCAGCAGCCUGGUGCUGUACCAGAGCUCCGACUCCACGCCCAGCCACAACCACCUGCUGUCCUCCAACCACAGCGUCAUCGAGACCUUCAUCUCCACGCAGAUGGCCUCAUCCUCCCAGUAGCCCCGGCCACCUCCCAGGGUCAGCGCCUGCAGGCUUGCUUGUGGGGACGGCAAGAGGGA